AAACCUGAGGUGGUGUGGCAGGCUUGUGGGCAGAUGGGACUGAUGCGCAGUCAGCGUGUGCAGGAGCGCGGAGCCGGUGCCGAGGUGUUGUGGCUUUGGGCUGGUGCUGAGGCAGUAGCCUGAGAGGAGGCAGGGGGAGAAGGUCAGAGAGUCCUCUCCUUUAAACCUAACCUCUUCAGCAGCUAAAAUAUCAUAGCUUUGAUUACGAGGGUGUCGCCUGAAAACCUGUCAGCCCUAAUGGUAACUUUGGGAUCAGAAGGAACGUAUUCUUGAACAUCUUCACCAGUAUGGGUUGGUUGGUUACCUACACACACACACCCCCCCCCCAGUGGUGUCUCUUCCUUUUAAUUUUUCCCUAUUGUUGACAAAAUGCUUUCUGAAGUUCUGCAAUCCUCCUCUACAUAGCUAGGAGGCUGGAUGUUUGAGAGAUGUCUCAAAGUCUAGGUCUGCUCCCUUGUCUGUUUUCCCAUGCCCCAUGCUGACAUGCAGGAAGCAAGAAAAAAAAAAGCUGUUCUUGUUGAUGGUGCUAAACUGCUGCCACUUCAAAGAGGGAAACUGUUCCCAUGGCGUGUGGGGAAUGCAAUGCUUCAGCACCCGCUCAGGAUCCAGCACGCAGGAACGCCAUCCCCUUCCAGCACAGAGAGCUGAAGUGCAGAUAGCAGAACCCAGCUGCAGGCCUGCUCAGCAUUAAUGGUGAGGCUGUGCUGCACAUAGUAGGUAGGUGCCCAGCAGGCUGAGGCAGGGAUGAUCGUCUGGCAAAAGGAGUCCAUUGUGGGAUGCAAACUUGGAUCCAGGUGAAUCUGCAGGCACUGAAAAGGUGAAUCAUGAUUCCAGUCACUGAAUUGCGCUACUUUGCUGACACCCAGCCAGCAUACCGCAUCCUGAAGCCAUGGUGGGAUGUCUUCACGGACUACAUUUCCAUAGUGAUGCUGAUGAUUGCAGUGUUUGGAGGGACGCUUCAGGUCACCCAAGACAAAAUGAUUUGUUUGCCCUGUAAAUGGGUUACCAAAGACUCUUGCAAUGACUCAGUCAGAGGUUGGACAGCUGCAACCCCAGAGCGUACCUACUACAACUCUAGUCUUGUUCCCCCUACUGAUACAGGGCCUACGGGAAUCCGAUAUGAUUUGGACCGGCACCAGUAUAACUAUGUGGAUGCAGUGUGUUAUGAGAACCGUCUUCACUGGUUUGCCAAAUAUUUUCCUUAUCUGGUGCUGCUACAUACUCUCAUCUUCCUGGCUUGUAGCAAUUUCUGGUUUAAAUUCCCAAGGACCAGCUCCAAGCUGGAGCAUUUUGUGUCUAUUUUGCUUAAGUGUUUUGACUCUCCGUGGACAACGAGGGCAUUAUCAGAGACAGUUGUGGAAGAAAGUGAUACCAAGCCAGCAUUUGGGAAAAUGAAUGGCUCCAUGGACAAGAAAUCCUCCACAGUCAGUGAGGAUGUGGAAGCCACUGUUCCCAUGCUGCAGAGAACAAAGUCUCGAAUUGAGCAAGGGAUUGUGGACCGGUCUGAGACUGGUGUCUUGGACAAAAAGGAAGGUGAACAGGCCAAAGCACUCUUUGAAAAAGUGAAAAAGUUCCGCACGCAUGUGGAGGAGGGAGAUAUAGUUUAUCGCCUGUACAUGAGACAGACCAUCAUCAAAGUGAUCAAAUUCAUUCUGAUAAUCUGCUAUACUGUUUACUAUGUCAACAACAUAACAUUUGAUGUUGACUGUAAAGUGGACAUUGAGAGCUUGACUGGCUACAGGAUGUACCGCUGUGCUCAUCCUUUGGCCACGCUCUUCAAAAUCUUGGCGUCUUUCUACAUCAGUUUGGUGAUAUUCUAUGGCUUGAUCUGCAUGUACACACUGUGGUGGAUGCUGAGGCGAUCACUCAAGAAAUAUUCCUUUGAGUCCAUCCGGGAGGAGAGCAGUUACAGUGACAUUCCCGAUGUGAAAAAUGACUUUGCUUUUAUGCUCCAUCUGAUCGAUCAGUAUGACCCACUGUAUUCCAAGCGCUUUGCUGUUUUUCUGUCAGAGGUGAGUGAGAACAAACUGCGGCAGCUGAACCUCAACAAUGAGUGGACUUUGGAGAAGCUGCGCCAGAGGAUCACCAAGAACUCCCAGGAUAAGCUGGAACUGCAUCUUUUCAUGUUGAGUGGCAUUCCUGACACAGUCUUUGACCUCAUUGAGCUGGAGGUCUUGAAGCUGGAGCUUAUCCCCGAUGUCACUAUUCCCCCAAGCAUUGCUCAGCUUACCAGCCUUAAGGAACUGUGGCUCUACCACACAGCUGCCAAAAUUGAGGCUCCAGCCCUUGCCUUCUUAAGGGAGAAUUUGAAAUCUCUCCACAUCAAGUUCACAGACAUCAAGGAGAUUCCUCUUUGGAUUUAUAGCCUGAAGACACUAGAGGAGCUUCAUCUAACAGGGAAUUUGAGUGCUGAAAACAACCGGUACAUUGUGAUAGAUGGGUUGAGAGAGUUGAAGAGGCUGAAGGUGUUAAGGUUGAAGAGUAACCUCACCAAGCUGCCACAGGUGGUGACAGAUGUUGGUGUGCAUCUUCAGAAGCUUUCCAUCAACAAUGAGGGCACCAAGCUCAUUGUUCUCAACAGCCUUAAGAAAAUGGUCAACUUGACAGAGCUUGAGCUGAUCCGUUGUGACUUGGAACGCAUUCCUCACUCUAUCUUUAGCCUCCACAAUCUGCAGGAGAUAGACCUGAAGGACAAUAACCUAAAGACCAUUGAGGAAAUUAUCAGCUUCCAGCACUUACAUCGUCUCACUUGCCUUAAAUUGUGGUACAACCACAUUGCCUACAUCCCCAUGCAGAUAGGCAACCUAACUAAUUUAGAACGCCUUUACCUGAAUCGUAACAAGAUAGAAAAGAUCCCUACCCAGCUCUUCUAUUGCCGAAAACUUCGGUACUUGGAUCUCAGCCACAACAACCUGACUUCCAUACCGCCAGAUGUUGGACUUCUUCAAAACCUGCAGAACUUAGCUGUGACAGCCAACAGGAUUGAAAGUCUCCCACCAGAGCUGUUCCAGUGCAGGAAGCUGAGAACCUUGAACCUGGGAAACAAUGUGCUGCAGUCACUUCCAUCCCGUGUUGGAGAGCUGACAAAUCUGUCACAGAUAGAGCUACGAGGGAACCGCUUGGAGUGCCUGCCUGUGGAGCUGGGAGAAUGUCCUCUGCUGAAACGCAGUGGGCUUGUGGUAGAGGAGGACCUGUUCAACACACUGCCCUUGGAAGUCAAAGAGCGGCUGUGGAGGGCAGACAAAGAGCAAGCUUGAACCCCUGAAAAAAAGGGGAAAGCCUCUGACCAACUAGAAGGAAACAAAAGGCCAUUCCAGUCCCCCUUUCCCUAGAUCCUCCCCUUUCUCCUCUCCGAUCACUACCAGACUAGCCAAGGAGUCCCUGAACAAACAUGACUCUGAAUGAGGCAGCUUCCGGCCUCAGAUGCAGGAUGGGGGAAGCUUGGGAUCAGGCUGAGGAUCAAGACAGAUUAGUCGGCCUCUGAGCAAGGGCCAGUGGGAGUAAGAGGUGUUGCUGUUCUGGACAGGAAGUGGGGUGAAGUGGAUGGUGCUGGUGAGAAGAAAUGACCUUUCAAUGGAGGAGAAAAUGAAAUGUGGGGAUUGCUGCAUUGCACCAAAUGGGGCUUAUACGUGUCAGGGACUGAGAGUGUCCAAUGUCCUGCAAGCAAAGAUCAAGAGACUAGGAAACCUCUUGAACCUCCAUCUUUCUGUGACACCUGGUACUGUUCCCCUCUGACUUGGAGAUUCCGUCAGUGAGGCCCCACAGUGGGGUGGGAUAGGAUACAGACAGCUGAUUUUAUCUAGAUGCUGGCAUUAGGAUUUGGGGGAUAAACUUAUCUCAGACAUCAGCUUGAAUGCAGGAUCUUUUUUUUACCAAUUGUCUUUCCCCUUUGCACUCCAUACCUUCUCCUCUGCCCCUGGAGAAGGAACCAAACCCCCCAAACUCUAUCUGCCCAUUUAAGAUUGCACUAUUUUAACAGUUUCAAGUCACUUGUGCUGAUGAGUACAUCACAUAGCAUCCUUCUCCAGCUGAUCUGCUGGAGGCACUAACUGACAAUUCUAGAGCGUUAGCCUGUUCUGAAAUGGAUGGUUAUAGUGCAAGUGGGAGAAAGAUCUGGAUAAAAAGCAGUCGGACUGUCUAAGCUACUCUCCCAGAAGCACUGAGUUGCUUCAGGAUCUGGCUUUUAACGUUUUUAAGCUACUUUUAAAUUCCUGGUAUUUUGUCACAUAUCAAAUAUGAACAUACAACUGGCCAGUGUGUUGGGCUGUCUCCUGGGGUUGGUGGUGUUAAAGAGGAACACUCUGCUUUCCUCUGUACCUCUUGCCCCCUCCAUUAAGUUGUUAGAUGCUUUGCCAGUAUUUUUCAUGAACACAGGCUACAGAGAUGCUUGAUUCUUUUUUUUUUUUUCCUGUUGUCCUCCUCACUUUAACAGCUGUCAGUUCCUGUUACACCUCUUGACCUAAAUAAGAGGUCAAUGCUGAUUGAACUUGGUGCUGGAAAAGAAACCUGUGCUCCUAUUUCUUCCCCUUUUCAUUCCCUCAGUGUUAAGGAGCAGUAUAAGAAUCCUCUGUGGACUGAACUCCUCUAGAUUCCUGGGACAGAGCAGUCUAUUGAAAAAGCCUGACCUGUUUGGUAUUGUUUGACAAAAAGCUCAACCUUCUGUACUGGCAGAGGUAGCGGAGUUGUAAUAGCUACCGAUAAUCAUGGCUUUAAGGUGGGGUGGUUAGGGUGUGCCUACGAUACAUCCUAAGUUUGCUCUUUUCCAUCAGAAGGAAGAGGAGGCUCAAGGACCUGCAGGUCCUAAUUGUAAUAUUUGGCAUCAGACCAAUAGGCUGGCUCCAAGUUGGAGUGCUGCAAGCUGAGGCAUGAGAAGUUUGGAGGCCUCCCAUGUGUACAGAAGGGGGAAGCUGCAGCCAUCUCCAAAGUGGUUUCUGGCAAGCUGCCAGUGAGUGCCCUGGCUUAGCAAAUCAUGGUGAUCCCUUGGAUGUUGGGGCAAUAAGGCAAUGCUAUGGCUUUUUUCAUCAGAUGUAAGAUAUGAAAUAUAUACACUAAACAUGCUGAAACCAUGAACAAUGUUAACGGGGCUCUGGAUUUGUUGAUGUUCAGAUGCUUAAAUAAAGCUAUGUUAAAAUCCAGGAGAUCUGUUUAUAAAACUGCUUUUAAGAAAGAUGUAAAUUCUGCCUCCCUUAGUCCAUUCAUUAUGAAAAGCUUAAAUGGUCCAGGGAAUAAUAUAAUUAAAUCUCUUUAUCUGGAAGGCAAGGUACUGUAAAAGCUCUUGUUUCUAACAGUGUUAGUGACUUUAAAUUGUGUUAGAGUUGGGGCCACUGCUGAAAGGAUGGGGAAGUAUUGAUGCUGAUGCUUCUUGGAUUGUACUUGUUCUAUUUGCACAAGCAUUUUGGAUCAACAGAGAGGGCAGACAUUGCUAGGUGGGCUUAAUGCUUCUUAAGUAAAGCAGCAAUGGCUUCAGGCUUAGCUACAGUAAUACUGUUUUCCAGUCAGUUCCUCAUGAUGGGUGUGAGGGCUGUUUGGAUUGUGAAGGAAGCUGGCUUUUUCCUUCCUCUAUACCAAAGGAUAGUGCUGGACAGUAGUGGCUAUAGAACAGAGGCUUGAACUCUGUUUUGUAUUCAAGGCCACUGGGUAACCGGUUUACAACACAUGUAUUUUAGCCUAGGCAAGGCUGAAAGGACAGCAGCUCACUGGAUUUUCACCUAGCAUACAGGAGCAGAGAGGUUUCUUGUGUAUGUCUAGAUCAUUGUAGAAGAGUGCUCUGACUCGAUUCUAGUUGUGGUCUUAGUUAUGCAAACUAAACUUUACGCAGCUACAUUAGAAGUUUCUAUAAGCAGCUCCUGAAAGUAUGCUGCAUUGCUUCUAGAAGCUUGCAAGCCUCCUGAACUGCCAUGUAUUUCGGAGCCGGGUCCAUUGGACAAGUGGGCAAUAGGCUAUUCUGCUAGAAGCCAGAGACUGGCUCUAACUUCUAAUCAAGUAACAGAGCCAUACUCCUGCUGCUUGCUGAGUAGAGGCUGCCCAUGCCUGAGGUCUACAAAGCAAUUGUAAGACAGCCCAGUGCUGAUCAUGCAUGAAAACACUAGCUUUUUGCUGCUCUUACAAUAUUCCAAGCUCAUUUUUUUUUUUUUUGGUUGUGGCUGCUAGGUCUUGAGAUCGCUUCCUCUGUGGCAAAAUUGGGAUAAACAGUCUGACAAUUUCUUGUACCAGAAACACAGGUGGCACAAAAAUACAUUGCCACUCUGGAAAACAGCAAUAUGUAUUAUUUACUCCUGAUAUGUGCUUCUUGGUCUUCCUGCAAAUAGAUACUGAUUCCAGAGUAUCAGUCUCGUAUGAUGAGAUGAUGGAAGAAGCUUUAAAACUUCAAGGAUAGAGUCUAAACCAUGAGGUCCUGAAUGCGUCUACUCAGGACUCCUCAACCCACAGCAGAGUGAGUCAUCCACUUCCAUUACGUGUCUGGAUUGCUCAGUCUUUGAGGGAUGAGCUUACGUCAACAAUCCUUCCCCAUUUGCAAGUAUUCAAUCAGUGUGUAUUCUAUUUUUUUCCUUUAAGUUUCCAUCAAACUGAAGUUUAGGGGUUAUUUCUGACAUCAGUCUGUAUGUUCAGAAAAAAAGUUAAUGUAAGCAGACAAUCAGCAGUCUGUUCAGUGUCUUGUUCUCCUGACGGGCUUUUCAAAGCACUCUAGUAGUAGCAAACCAGAUUAUUUAUUAGCUGCUAAACCAUACGACAACUUGAAUUAAAACCAACAACUGUUUCCUUAAUAGCACUUCUGAGCUGAGUGAGUUCUUGAAGCCCCUGUAGAUCACAAGCACGCUCAUCCCAUGUUAGGACUGAAUGUUAGUAGUUAGGAAUUCUACCUUUCCUGCUAAAUACCCCAAAAAGUAGUAAGUUGCAACUAAUUAUUUUGAACCAGGUGAAAGGCAAGGAAUACCAAACCUAUUAAAUGUGUUAAAGCUGUAUCUCUGAAACUAUGCACUGGAACGUUAGCUGAAGUUGUUCUUUGUUUAAGAUUGUUUUCUGACUUUUAUUAUUGGGUCCCUAGUUAAUUCAGCAGCUGGAAUUAAUUUACUCUGCCAGUCUGAAUGAUUAAAUAGCUGUUAGAGGUAUCUUUCAUCAUGUGGUGUUUUUUGGUAUUAAUUGUCACUUCCUGAUAAUAUCCUACCUCAUUUUUUAAUUUUUUCUUAUUACCAUUUAUACAAUUCAUUUAGCUCACUUCAUUUUAAUUAAAGUAAGUUCUUGGUGUUCAUUACCAUAAAUAGUAUUAAGUGGCUUUCUGUUGCUGAACCACACUGAGAUCCUUUUUUAAUGUUUGCUUGUUUUUCCUCUCUAACAAAUGAUUCUAGAAAUUUUGAGAACAAUAACACGUCUUUUGCAGAGGAUGAGGUGUAUGGAAAAAGUUUCAAAUAUUAUGGAUUCAACAGCUGUGAUGGAUUCCUUACCUCUCUUUCUGCUUUGGGAAGGGGACUAGCAUGGUUUGAGUUCUUUGGAUUUUUUUUUUUUUUUUUCAGUCCUCCUUCGGGGGGGGAUAACUUUUUUUUUUCAUCAUUAAUAGCUGUGCCUUCUCUAGAGAUACAUUAAUGUAGCUUCUCCACAAAGGCACUUGCUCCUUCAAAUGCAUUUGUAAUCAUCUCUGCCUGAAGCCAGCUAUUCCCUCUGAUUCUUUUUCUUUCAACCAUGGAGAGGUUUCUUAACCUUUGGCGUGACUUCUCACUGACAAACAACAUUGUCAUACCAUAAACAGUAGCGUCACCUACUCUGAAAUGUUACCUAAGGUCAGGCUGUGUGAAUCCUAACUAGUAAAACUAUUGCUUAAACUUCACUUUGAUUUUUUUUUUCUUGUUGCAUUUUAAUUCCUGCCCCCCACCCCCCCGCUUAGCCAUACAGUGGAUCCUGUAGUUUUACCAAGCAUGUGCCAAAACAGAGUAAGUUUUCUGUCCUACCUGCAUUCUAACAGUGCAUGAAGCAGAAUUGGAACUGGGCAAGAGUAUUGUUUGACUCGGACCUUUCUCCCUCCAUCCCUCCAGCUGCAGUGGUAGGUUAAUAUUAAACAGCUUUGGCAGUAUGAAAUCUUCCAGAAAUCUCAUCUCUGAAAUCCCUUUUCAAACGUAGCUGUGCUUGAAUCGCUGGACCCCAAUAGCAAAGGUGAACUUUGUGUGAAUCCACACAAAGAAAGGCUUAAUUUAGGAUUUCUGGAAUUACCCUUCUUCCCUCUUGGUUUCCUUUAAAGGAAGUUUAUGGAACAAUGGGGGAAAUUUUUCUCGAGGAAGCUUAAUGAGAAGGGGGCUAAUGAGCCUGAGUCAUCUUUUACAGCUGUCAAUGUGUCCAUUUAAGUGAGACAGUACUCAUGGCUUAAACAUUGUUCACUCCCAUUUUGUAAAUGUACGAGCAGGGUUGUGGUUUGGCAUCAGAGAUCUGCGACUUGAUGUAACAUUUCAGAAUCAUGACAUUCACUUUGUGUGUGGGAUUGUUUGGGCAGCUGAUCAACAGCACCUCCACCUUAAGCACUGAAGGCUGCUAUUGUUUGCUCUGAGAGACUUGUAAGACUGGACGCUUCAACAGAAUAAAAGUUUUAAUUUUUAAUUUGCAUUUUCCUUUUAUGUCUGCUUUCUUUUAAGUUUUUCUGUAUGCAAAGGCACUCGGCCUUUCACUAUCUCAAUUUUCAGAAGACAGAUGUAAUAAUUCCAACUAUUGUGUAGGAUUAUUGGGGUUUUUUUACUUGUCACAUGAGUCCUUGUGGAUUAUGACAUUCCUUUAUGAAUAGGCAAAAAGUAGAUGCACAGCAAAAGAGGUCCUGCUCACUGACAAGCCUGGACUGUCUUACAUAUUUCAGCGUCACUUUAACAAAUGGCUGAUAUGGUUUACAUUGCCAAACGUAAGACUGCUGGAGUGUUGUCUACAUGGUCCCAUAGACGCUUGGUUGAGUUUUCAAAAUGCAUAUUGUGCUCUCCUUCCCUAGGAAAGGGAUAGGGACUGAAGUCAAUGGAGGAAACUGCCUGUUGCCAUAGAAAUAGUGCCUUCAGCCAACUGCUGGUAACAAAUGAUUUAAGUGUGUUUCCUAACUGUCUGCUACUUUUUCAACUGAAAAUGCGGGCAGAUAGCAUCUUUCCGAACUGAGGGCAUUCAUGAUGUGUUACAGAGAAUCAGCCUGUAACUUUCAAAGGCAGCUUGAGUUUCUGUGCAGCUCGUUUAUUGUAUAGAAAGGUAUUUCUUGUGUGUUUUGCCUUUCCUCGCUUCCUCUGUCCAAGACUACUUGACCAGGGUGAUGUUGGCCCCACUUCAGUGACAGAAAAGGUGAGCAGGCUGUGAUACUGUGUAUUGGCAUUGAUGAAUCUUAAUGAAAUGCUUAGCAGGCCUGAACCGAGAAAGGAGAGGACAAAAUGUCCCUUGUCACCUAAGGUUCACUUGGACUGCAGCUCCUUUUGGCAAGGAUUUACCAGCUCUUUGAAUAGCUGAGCAAAAGGAAAGAAUGAAAGGUACCAUUAAAGCAAACUGGUGCUUGCUGGAUUCCUGCAGGACUGAAUACAGUGAUGGGGAAAGAGCCCAAGGCUAAAGAACUGGUCUUUGUUGGGAAAAAGACUUUUAAUCCUGGUAAUUCCAAAUUUACUACGCAGCUUGCUGAAAAACAUAAAGAUGCAGUAGAGGCAGCUAGAAUGAUAUUGGGUUUAUUCCAGUAAAAUCCUCUAGCCCUGCUGCACCAUAAGCUUUUUACCUUGCUGAUUUUGUUUUUACCUGUUGAUGACAGAAUUCUCUUCAUGGAAAAUCACUGCAUUUCUGAGGCUUCUGGUAACUUGAAGGAAAGGACAGCUAACACAGGGAAAACAAAAGUAUUGAAGUAUCUGUGCCAUUUUAAAUGCUAAUAUACUAUUUAAUGUAACUGAAAUACUCAUUAUGGUUAUUGUUGUUCCUGUGCUCCUUGUUUCUCAUUAAAUAUUCUGUUAUUUGUUACUGAUCAUAUCAAAGACUUCAGGAGAGGUGAUGAGAGAUCUAGCUGAAAUUUUUGCUUCCCUAAUAACCCUGGCAGCUCUAGCAGCAGUGAUUUUUGGCGAGAGAGCUGAGCUGCUUAAGCUGACUCCGGAGAACUGGCAAGCUGGCGUGGCUCCAAAUGGUUUCAAUAGGAACUCUUAGUGAGGAGGAAAUUAGGAUAAUCAUGCCAGUCAAAAAGGCAUUUGAAACACUUGUGCUUUGUCUGCUGCAGGGCUGUCCAUGUUCCGAUGCCACUCACUCCUGUACCUUUCACACAGACAUGGGGUGGGCUUUGGCAGCCUCCAAUGGAGUUUGCCAGAAGUGCAGUUUUCUUGCAGAGCUGGCAGGAGAAACUGUUUAAGUCUGCAAAAGAGCUCUCUGAGAGGGAGAAAGGGAAGGAAAAGGGGAUCAUUUCCCAGUUUUGUCCCAGUACUUUCUACCUUCCUUAUUUAAACUUACUGGAAGAGAAGGUAUUUACGAAGAUGACAUCCUUCUCUUUGACUUUUUUUGGGCAUUAUGUGGCAGGGGUGGUUUUCUUCUUCGUGAAAAGGUCUUUCUAAGCCUCGAGAUAGGAGCACGCCUGGAGUGGCAAAGAACUGGAGGACUCCUAAGGACAGACACUGAUGAACGCUCCUCUAACCACGAUGGGUUGCUGCUCCUAGUUUAUUCAAUGUUAUCAUCUGUGUUUUGUUGUGUUCUGCGAUCUGCUGUUUAUAUUGCUCAAAACAAUCCGUAGAACAGGAAAGCUGUGGUUUACUGUCAUGCAUCUGAACUAAACCAGACCCUGAAGUCAUCAAGUGUGUGUAAGGUGGGGAGUGGAGAAGAUGACGUGCUAAAUCGCCGGAAAAAAAAGGUCACUGGGAGUGAGAAGUACAUGACAUCACGAAUGACGGAGGCAAUGCAGAGAGGGGCUGAGGUGUGGCACGGGAGCGUGUGUGGUGUAGAAGGCAUGUUUCUCCAGGAUUGCUGCCUCCCGGUGAGGGGGGAGGUGGGUCCUCAUGAGAUUGACUUACAGGCAAUAGCUACAGCAGGGUGUGUUUUCCACUGGUUACACAUCUUCCUUAAAAACACUUCAGCUCCAUCAGUUGGUGAGAGUCCUUUAACAGGAAGGAGGAACUACUUGGUUAAUUUUUUGGGGUUUUGCAGCAAUGGAGGUUGGCUGUUUUCCCCUCUAUGUUUGUAGCCCAGUGGUUAAAGUCUGGCAAAAUUCGGCUUUUUAAACUACUGAAUUCAUAUCCUCUUGUGUGCAGAGGAGAGCUUGAAAAUAAGCUGUAAAUGCUCAAAAAAGAAAACACUGAUUUCUCUUUUCAUUAAAACUCAAAAAAACCCCUUUAAUAAGAUGGGGAGAGAUUUUUAUCCAGAGUUGAUUCCCUUACAGAAUAGAGGACUAUUUUUUUAAGACAACUUCUCUUUAAGAUGGGUUUUUCUUUUUUUUUUUUUUCAGUUGCUAGCAAAUAUAUUUGGAAGCAAACACCUUCCCAUGAGCAUUUUGCACUUCCUCAUUUUGUUGGGGUUGUUUUUUUGGCUAGGUGAGUGAUGCGUCAAACCACCCCCAUGAUGUUAUUUCUUUGUGGAAUGCUGCUGAAAGGAUGUUUUCAGUGUUUCCUGCAAGAGCCAAACACUUUUUUUUUUUUUUUUCCUCUCUGGAGAGAAAAAUCCCCAAGGAUUCCCAUGUGAUGGGAAGGAUGU